UGGUGGAUAAGAACGCCUACCGGGUGGCACGUGGAGCGGCGCAGCGCUGCGAGAUUGCGUUUUGGGCUUGAAUCCACCUCUCAGUAAACCAAAGCUUCAGGUGCUUUUCCUUACCAUGGGGCGCAAGUUGGAUCCUACGAAGGAGAAGCGUGGUCCAGGCCGAAAGGCUAGAAAACAAAAAGGUGCUGAGACAGAACUGGUCAGGUUCUUGCCUGCAGCUGGUGAUGAAAAUUCCAAGAGGCUGUCUAGUCGUGCUCGAAAGAGAGCAGCCAAGAGGAGGUUUGGGUCUGUUGAAGUCCUUAAGACUUAUAAGUCUUCUGGGGCCAAACCAUUGUCUGGAAAGCUACCAAAAGGAGUGGUCCAGACACCUGAUAAGAAGGGUGCUCAGUCCUUAUUUAAUGUUGGUCGAGGCAAGAAACGCCUAGCACCAGACCAUAGUAGUGAUGAGGAAGAGGAUGAGGAAGACCCUGAAGAAGAUGGUGUUGUGAACCAGGGGAACCUCUGGGACUCUGAGGACAGUGAUACUGAUAUGGUAGAUGACUAUGGAGCUGACUCCAACUCAGAGGAUGAAGGUGAAAAGUUGCUGCCCAUUGAAAGAGCUGCUCAGAAGCAGAAGGCUCAGGAAGCUGCUGUUGGGGGCCAGUGGAGUGAGGAGACUGAUGAAGAGGAAGAGGGGGAAGUGUCCCCUCUAUCAGGCCCCACAAAGGAUGAGGAGGCAGAUGGGGACCUGCAGAUCAAUGUGGAUGGGGAAGAGCCAUUUGUGCUGCCCCCUGCUGGGGAUAUGGAGCAGGAUGCCCAUGCUCCAGACUUACAACGAGUUCACAAGCGGAUUCAGGAUAUAGUGGGAGUGUUGCGGGAUUUUGGGGCUCAGCGGGAAGAAGGUCGGUCUCGUUCUGAAUAUCUGAAUCGGCUUCAGAAGGAUCUGGCCACGUAUUACUCCUAUGGAGACUUCCUUCUUGGCAAGCUCAUGGAACUCUUCCCUCUGUCUGAGCUGAUAGAGUUUUUAGAAGCUAAUGAGGUGCCUCGGCCCAUCACCCUCCGGACCAAUACCUUGAAAACCCGGCGUAGAGACCUUGCUCAGGCACUGAUCAAUCGUGGGAUUAACUUGGAUCCCUUGGGCAAGUGGUCAAAGACUGGACUCGUUAUAUAUGAUUCUUCAGUGCCCAUUGGUGCUACUCCUGAAUACCUGGCUGGACACUACAUGUUGCAGGGAGCCUCCAGCAUGUUGCCUGUCAUGGCCUUGGCGCCACAGGAACAUGAGCGGAUCUUGGACAUGUGUUGUGCCCCUGGAGGAAAGACCAGUUACAUAGCCCAACUGAUGAAAAACACUGGUGUGAUCCUUGCCAAUGAUGCCAAUGCUGUGCGGCUGAAGAGUGUUGUGGGUAACCUGCACCGGCUGGGAGUCACUAACACCAUCAUUAGCCACUAUGAUGGACGCCAGUUCCCCAAGGUGGUCGGGGGCUUUGACCGAGUAUUGCUGGAUGCUCCCUGUAGUGGCACUGGGGUCAUCUCUAAGGAUCCAGCUGUGAAGACUAACAAGGAUGAGAAGGACAUCCUGCGCUGUGCUCACCUUCAGAAAGAGUUACUCCUGAGUGCUAUUGACUCUGUCAAUGCCACUUCUAAGACAGGAGGCUACCUCGUCUACUGCACCUGUUCUAUUAUGGUGGAAGAGAAUGAGUGGGUAGUAGACUAUGCCCUGAAAAAGAGAAAUGUGAGGCUUGUGCCCACCGGCCUGGACUUUGGCCAGGAAGGUUUUACCCAUUUUCGAGAAAGGCGUUUCCAUCCCACUCUGCGUUCCACCCGACGAUUUUACCCUCAUACCCACAAUAUGGAUGGUUUCUUUAUUGCCAAGUUCAAGAAAUUCUCCAAUUCUAUCCCUCAGUCCCAAACAGGAAAUUCUGCAACAGCCACUCCUACAGACCUAGACUUGCCUGACCCAAAGGGUCAGGUCACUCCCAAGUCUGAGAACAACAGCCAACCAGCCAAGAAAGCCAAAAGGGCUGCAAAGGCAAAGCAGUUCCAGAAACGGCAGCAUCCCAAGAAUGCCUCUGUACAGAAGCUGAAUGGCAUCACCAAAGGCACAGUCUCAGAAGUGUCCACUGUACCUUCUGUCACAAAGGCCCAAGCUUCCUCCAGGCUCCCAGAUAGUACUCAGCCUGCUAGAAAAGUUGAAGUGAUCAGGAAACCAAAGGUGAUUGGGAGGCUAAGGCAACAGGCACCUAGAUUGCACUCCUCUAAGAAAGCUGCCUUCCUGAAGCAGAAUGCCCCUCCCAAAAGCAUGGACACCGAAUCACCUGUUGCGCUGUCCCUUUCUCAGACUCAGGCUACUCCCAGGCUUAAGGACACUGAUCAGCCCCUUGGAAAAGUAAAAGGGGCUGAGAAGGUAAAGCAGCCUUUCAAGAAAGCUACCUUUCAGAAGGAGAAUGGCACCCCCAAGGGAUCUCAGAUCCCCACUGUGACUCCCCUCAAUUCUGUCCAGCCCCCACCAGCAAAGAAGAGGAAAACUGUGCCUAAGGGCAAGAGCCAGCCACUGCUGGCUUAGGUGGAUGUUGAAGACUGGACUGGGCUUGGCUCACUGGCAUUGCCAGUGGUUGGAACUGUUUGUCUACAAGGAUGCUUGCACAUUGUGCAAUUUUUGUCCAUACACGUGAAAUUUAAUAUACAUUUUACCACCUCUGA